CGCCCAGCUUUACCAAUAUCCCGAUUGACUUUUUAGACAGAAAACAACAUCUAUCUCUUCAACUUCGAUGACACUAGAAUUAUGUGUAGCGUAUGGUUCUCUUUCUCUGUUUAUUGCCAUAGUACAUAAUGUAUUUUUGCUUUAUUAUGUUCAAAUCUUCGUAUCUGUUUAUCGCAUCGAUCAGACGUCAUUUUGGAUCGGCGAGGCAGUGUUCCUGGUAUGGAACUCAGUGAAUGAUCCACUGUUUGGCUGGUUAAGUGACCACAAAUAUGUGGCAAGCAGCAACAAGUAUGGUGUCAGCUCCCCUGAAAUUGUUCGCAAAAGAUUUAGAGCCUUGACGCGUUAUGGGCCACUCUUUGCUGUCACAUUCCUUCUCUUCUGGUUCCAGUGGGCUCCUGCUGGCUUGCAGUUUGUGGUCUGUUUGUGUCUCUAUGAUGCUUUUUUGACAAUUGUUGACUUGAAUCACCUGGCGUUAUUAGCAGACCUGGCACUCUCUGCAACAGACAGGACUCGUCUCAAUGGAUAUUGCUCGGUUUUCAGUGCAGCUGGAUGCAUAUCAGUAUUUGUAUCAUACUAUAUAUGGGACAGCCGCAAUGUUGGGUCAUUCCAAGUUUACUGCUGUGUGCUAUCAGCAUUUUCUCUUUGUGGUUUCUUGGGAAGCUCUCUUUUGCUCAGUAAACAUCUUCUCUCAAAGAAAAUGAAAGUGGAUACCCCUGUGGAAGAAAGUGGAAAAAGCCUGGGCAUAUAUAUCAUGUCACCGUCACAGUGCUGUAUGCCACUGAAAAAACAGGAGCUGGAGUUGAAGACAUACAUCCAUCAGCUGAAAGGACACAAAAAUUUCCUUUGGUUUGCAGCCAUGAAUCUUGUGCAGGUCUUUCACUGUCAUUUCAAUAGCAACUUCUUCCCAUUAUUCUUGGACAAACUUCUUGGCAAUGCCAUUAGUCCACGGACUGGGGCCCUCCUUUUAGGAGUGUCCUUUGUUGUCCCUCACAUCAACAAUUUGUACUUUCUCACACUGUGCCGCAAGUAUGGAGUGUACACUGUCAUCAAGUGGCUGUUUUAUGUUAAGCUGUUACUAGGCUUAAGCAUGAUGUCAUGUGGACCUAACUUGACACUGUUGGUGUGUUUUUAUAUUGCGAGCAACCGUGUGUUCACAGAAGGGACUUGCAAACUUCUUAAUUUAGUUAUUAGUGACCUUGUAGAUGAAGACUUUGUCCUUAAUAAUCGCAGUGAAGCCAUCUCUGCUCUAGUAUUUGGUACUUCUGCACUUCUGUCCAAACCAGGCCAGACCCUGGCUCCUCUUAUUGGCACAUGGCUUCUCUCUGAACAAACUGGUACCUCAAUAUUCUAUGCUAGUACAGAUGGUGGAAAAGCUGCAUCAACCAACUUCUAUUCUUCAGAUGGCCAAAGUAUUCGAUGGGGAUGUUUUUGUGUCCUCGUUUAUGUAUCAAUUGGAUGUGCAGUGGUACAGAUAUUACUGUGGUCACGGUUUAAUUUGCAUGGAAAGAAACUGGAACAAAUCAAGCAUAUGAGAGAGGGGAGGGGAUUUACUUCGCUUAAUGUAUAGACAUAAAAAUAGUACAGCGAUACUUUUGAUGUAGGACAAGGCCUACUUGCCAAAAUGAUCCCUUGACUGAGGCACAAUCCCAAAUUUGGGGACCCCCAAUCCCCCAGGAAGUGAUGCUUGUUUUGACUCGAGGUAAAACUAGAUACUGCAGGAACAGCUAGAUCAAAACUCGAUCUAAAAGGCUAAGACUCACGAAAUAAAAGGUAUUUUGCACCCACGUGUUGAAAUAUGGGAAUGUCUUUAAGAACGUUCUCAAAUUAAGAUACCCUGUGGUGUCACAAUCCAGUAAAUCGCGCAACUCCCAGGCCUACUCGGUCUUACAGGGAAAUGUGAUUUUACGGGUUUACGUAUUUUUUUCGCCUUCUCUUUUUAGCUGUUUAGUGCUUCAAAGUUCGUAAGGCAGCUAAAAAAUAGUAUUUAAUAAGAAAAGAUGAGGAUUUAAAUGGGCUGAUUUUGGUGAACGGCUUAACAAGUCUUUGAGAAACCGUUUUGUCUAAAGAAACUUUCGCGCUGUGUAGCCAUUUGGGAAAUAGGUAGACUAAAUAAUAACUGCAAUUUUUUAACUGUAUUUUUUUGGGGGUCGUAGCUUUCGGGGUCACAGGUUUUAGGUCUUCGUUUCGUAGACACCCUGACUUGUAGAAAACUUGAACUCGUAGUCUAAUUGUUAAAAAUUACACUAUCCUCCCACGUA